UUUUUUUUUGUGCAUCUUCUUCAUCUGCUUUCUCCACUGACAGCCACCCAUAAUCGCCCGCUUCAAUUGAAUCUGACACAGUUCAAACAUCGGCGUCAGUGUCUAAUCGCGUUGGCACCGGUGUGCCGUCGAAAAAGUCGAGUCGGAUCAACGGAGCUUUUAACUUUUAAGGUGCAAUCAUCUCUCCCCGUUGUGAAGAAGAGUUUUUUGCAUAAGUUGAUGUAGAGUCAUAUGCUACCCACUACUCCCCAAGAUCUUAACAGUACUUGUACUUUAUUGAUUUGGGGAAAAAAGGCGGAUUGUCAGAGACAAGAAAAUCUUUGUUUUGCCAAUGGCUGCUUCUACAAAAGUUCUCGCCCUUGAGAGUCCAACUCAAACCGGAGAGUGGACAGUUGUUCUACCCCGUAAGGGUAGACAUAGAAGGAAUUCCCGAAAAAUAACAAUUGCAAAAGGACAGCAACAAGAACAACAGCCGUGGGUUCCAACCGAUCUUGAGAUUGACCCUGAGAGACAAUCAAAACUUAUGCAUAAGAUACAAGCAUGUAUGAAGAAAAUUGAAAACUCUCAAUUUUUCCUGGCUUUCUUGGAUCAGAUGCAAAUUCCGAAAGUCUUGAAUCACUUUCACAGGGUUUUGGGAUCUGAGUCGCAACUGCAAAUGGUGAUAUAUGGUAUUGGCAGCAUUGAGUCUCAUGAAACUCCUCGACUUCAACUUAGCCUUGCACUCUUGAUGAAAAGAAAGUUCAGCUGGAUUGGGGAUAUUGAGGUGUUUGAUCCUGUUCUAUCUGCAACUGAAUCUCAGGUGUUAGAAGACCUUGGCUGUUCCGUUUUGUCUUUAAAUGAGCAAGGCAGGCGGGAAGCUAAGAAGUCAACACUUUUCUUCAUGCCACAUUGUGAAGCAGAGUUAUACAACAAUCUUUUACAGGCAAAUUGGGGAGUCGAGUCAUUGAAUCGAAUUGCGCUGUUCGGAAAUAGCUUUGAAACUUACGAGCAGCAUGUGUCAUUUAAGUACUAUGAUCAGGAAGUGUCACUUAUGAACUCAUCUGUAGCUGAGUCAGUCACACACAUCUUAGAUGCUCGAAGAUUCAUAGAUGAAUUCAGGAUCGAGACAAUUUCAGACGAUUAUUUUGCAGCUUUUCAUGAUUCAAGUUGGCAUUUUUUCAAGCUUGCUUGUGAGAAUGAGCUGCAGUUGAAUUAAGUUACCGAUUUUUGUUCUGAAUUUAUGAAAAACAUAUUGCUUUUUUUCUAAAA